AUGGACGAUAUCGAUGAACCCUCGUCCAUGGAUGCAGCAAAGGAAUCGGAAACGAAAGACAGAAGCAAACGAAAACGCGUUCAGGCGUCUGGCGCCCACGAUCCUGGCGUUGGAACCAGCAGAGGGAUUGUACAGCCGAGAGCAUCAGGCAACAAUGGUACCCCGCCUCAUGAACAUACCACCGCGUUGCGGUCAUCAAGCGCUUCGGAUCUGCUGGAUUCCACCAUAAGCCAAGGGCACGGUGAUGAAAUCAGCCGUCCUUCUACCCCUCCUGUACAACCAACCUCGACGAAUCCUCAAACGCAGAUCUCGGAUCGGAAGGCAACUGCAAAAGAGGGAUUUGGAGUGGCAUCGCGGUUCGCACAAACACUCCUCAAGAAGGUUCCGGCCUGUGUCGAGUCCAAUCCAGUCAAGAUGGCGUUCUCCAUUGCAAAUGUGAUAAUUGAGAUAAAAGAGGUCCUGCGACGCGCGCGUCCGUCCAAUCCGUCCCCUCCCAAACGCGUGGAUGGUUGUCGUUGA